AACGCUCGCCGAGCAGCGGAUACACGGUGCUUUCAGUGAACUGUUUGAAUCGUUCUUGCGGACUUUAUGCACGAGAACCCACAUUAUAAUAUCUAAAGCAGUAAACAAGGCAUGCGCUUGACGUCCGUCUAGAAACCGUACCAUGUAACAGAAUACUCGCUUGUGGCCGGCGGCUUUGAAGCAGGAGUGAAGAGCAAUCAAUCACCGGAUACCUCCACCGUUAUUCGGGGAGCGCUGCUGAGGAGGCAGGGUAACCGCUGCUCUAAUGCUGCCCUGACCGGGCCAACUCACUCAGUGGUACCACUUCGACCCAACACUGGAUCAGGUUUUAUAGCGGGACAAGUGCACGGCAAAGAUGUUGCAAGUGUUGGCUUGCGGCGUGGUGGUUUUCCCCGGUCUCUUCUUCACUUUGAGAAAAGUGCUCCCGUCCAUUUUCAAGCAGUGGACAGAUGCCGACGUCGUGCUGGUCAGCGAGAGGCUGGUGUCAUCCAUUCAUGCUGUUAUGGCCACCACAGCUGGCAUCAUUGUGGUGUCCUCGUGCAGAGGUAAUGUGAUCGCAGAUCGACACUGGCUGGCCACCCAUUUUGUCAUUUGGUAUGGCGUGCCCUACAUGUCAUAUGACAUCUUCGCCAUGUACCUCAGCCAUUACUAUCGCUUCCGGGUCAAAGGUCACAAGGAUUAUGAGAACCACACUCUGCGCACAGUCAACUCAUUUGUGAGGAAAGAGUUCCUGCUGGUCCUCCAUCACAUUGCACUUCUCACCAUCCUGCUACCUGUGACACUGUUCUUCAGGAAGGAUCAGGGUGAUUACUUCAUUGGCUGUCUGUUCCUCACAGAGCUCAGCACUCCUUUUGUUUCACUGGGCAAAAUCCUCAUUCAGUUGGGGAUGCAGGAAUGCUGGCUGCACAAGGUCAAUGGUGGCAUGGUGCUGUUGAGUUUCCUCAUGUGCCGUAUUGCACUCUUCCCCUAUAUGUACUGGAUGUACGGCUCCCACUACGGCAUCCCGCUCUACAGCGUUCCCUUCCAUCUGCCCCUCUCUGCCAACCUGGGCAACCUCUGCAUCCUGGCACCGCAAGUCUACUGGUUCGUCCUUCUCUGCCGUAAAGGCUACCGACUCUACAAGCGGCAACGGGAUGCAAAGAACCAGGUAUCUCCAGUGUCCUCGCCCGAGCCGGUCUCAGAUAACUCCAAGGCUGAUUAGUGAAGGAAUCUCUUUUGUUAUCUAGAACAAACCUACCAAUCAACGUCACAGCUGAAGGCUACGGCACUGCAUCCACUAAUGUUACAGUACAACUAGACUCCCGCGCCUGUUAGAAAUACCAUUAUUACUGCAGACUACUCCUCUCUACUCAAUUCCACACAUAAAUUACCAUUUCAGAGCCACUCCAUUGGAUUAACUCCCUUCUGUGACAUCCAAGGAGCCUUUUAGGUCAGAUAUUGAGGGGUGUGACCCUCUCUCCCUUUACCAAUUGGAGGAUCUGUUACAGAUUGGACUGAUGUCUUUGAAUGUCAUUAGAAUUAUAUGUUACUUUGUUUUUCUUUUAGUUCUCUCCUUUGUCCUAUAUGAUAUGCUUGCCCAACCCUAACUUAUAGUGUGAAUGUGUGCUUGAAGUGUUAAAACACCAUGGUUUAAAGGGGGGAAACUUUUAUGCCACGUCUAUGAAUAAUAUAUACCAUUAAACAAACAUUACUUCAAAAACUCACAGUACUUUAACAUCAGAGCAGCAUUUAUGAUCACCUGCACAUGGGGGCAGUAGAGAGUAUAGCCUUAUGUUUACAAUGGUAUGAGCAGGAUUUGAGUCUAUAGGGGGGUGGGGUCUUUGCAGGGUAUAAAGAGUGAGCACAACCCUUGGCAUAUCUUUUAGGCCACAUUAUGCCUGUGGGCAUCUCCAGGCAGCAGUCAAAGCAAUAACACAGGGGGCUUCAAAGCAGGGGUCUGUGGGUGGUUGGAUGACCCAUGUAAACGCAUAAUCUGUAAGGAUUGAAAAGUUGACACCCCACUCCUAAUAUUUACAUCUGUACAUGCAAAGGAAAAGAAAUGAAAAUUAACCAUAUUUUAAAGUCAUGGAAAUUUCUAGAGUAAAUAUAGUUUUUUGGUAAUGCUUUGGAAACAAAAAGGUUGUUUUCAUUAACAUUAUGUUAACUACAUUAUGCUACAUGAACUAACAAUGAACAAUAAUUUUAUGUCAUUUAAUCUUGGUUAAUGUUAUUUCUAGGCAUACUAAAACAUUUAUAACAUUUUUAUUAUUUAGUUAACGUAUUAUGAGCUAACAUGAACUAACAAUGAACAAUUGUUUUUGUAUUAAUUGUAUAACUUUAACCAAGAUUAUGAAAUGCUUUAAAAAUAAUUGUUAAUCAUUAGUUCAUGAAACCUAAUGCAUUUAUGGAUGCUAACAAAUACAACCUUAAUGCAAACUGUUAACAGUUUUUACUAGUUAUUCUCAGCUCUAAAAUAUAUCAUGGACUAGAAAUUAACUCUAAAAACAAAAUCCAUUUUUAUAACAGAUUUCCAUCAAAUUGAUUAACACUGAGUAAUCUUCAACAAAAUAAAAUACAAAAAAGCUAAAUAUAUUAAGUUUUAUUAACUUAACUUUGGUAAAGAUUACAUGAUUCAAUUUGAUGGAAAUUUGGAUAUGAAAUUUAAAUGUGUACAUUUUAAAAAUAGGCUAAAAUAUUUUUUGAGUCUUGUGAGUGCAGUCUUUCUACAAUAAUUUUUAAAUAUCUUUAUCCAGUAAUCAUGAACACCUGGAAGAGUCAUGGAAAUGAACUGAUUAAAAUGUUAUAUAAACGCUGGUUAUAAUUCUGUGUUUGUUACUGGGUGUGAAGUAUGUGGGUUUUAUGAGGCUUUAUGUUGCUGGGGAGCUCAAAUUUUCAUCUUUGCAUUAACUGAGCCUGCAGUUUGAGUUUUAGAAUAAUAAUUGUAUUUAAUUCUAAAUUGAUGUGCAGUAUAGAUGGGUAUAUUUUUGUUGUUGUUGUUGUUGUAGAAAGGAUCUGCGGCCAUAUGAGAGCUUGUGAAAACAUAGGCUAGCAAGGAACUCAGAAACCUUUGUUUCAGGGCUUUUAACAUAAACUGUAUCAUCUUUCAUAAUACAUUUAGUUGAUGCUGAAUGCCAUAUGAAUGCAUCUAAGUUUUUAUUUACAAAAACCUUUAGAUUCCAUUAAGCACUUUCAAAAGUGCAUAACUGUUGGAUUAGAAUCAGUACAUACCCAUGCACUCAUUUUUAGUGUGUUAAGACAAACUGGACCUAAAAGUUGCCUUUAGCAAGUGUGUGUGUGUGUGUAUUAGAGAGAGAGAGAGAGAGAGAGAGAGAGAGAGAGAAGACUUAUAUAAUAGUGUGUAUAAGCUCCCAGCUCACACGUUUAGAGGGUGAACGGGGUCUUUCCUGGACUGAAAGAGUAGGAAUGCUUUUCCUGCUCUCCCUUUCUAGAAGUUUAGUACUUUUCAAAAGUAAGAAUGCACACUUUCAUGCUGUUGCUUCCUGUUUGUGGCAAGUUUCUAUGGGGUUGGAUGCAUUUUGGCAGAUGAGUUGGUUGUAUUUAACAGAAGUUGUUUCCUGUUAGUUUAGUAUUCAUUUAGUUAUUCUCUAGGGUUUUGGUUUCUAUUGUAAAGAACAAUGAUGCUUUUCGCUAUUUUUUUCCUUGUUUGCGUGAGUCUGUUGCAGUGUGAUCUGCUGAUCUAUCUUUAGAACAUGCUCUCUCUCUCUCUCUCUCUCCCUCUCAUUUUCACAGGUCAUAGGGCAUGUUUUUUGAAUGCAGUUUAUUUGUGUAUAGUGUAAGACAAACCCAUAACAUAAUAUAUAAUCCAUAACAUAUAAAUAGUCUUAUAUCCAGAGGAUUGAAAAUCAUAAAAAAAUGACCAUAAAUAAUCUUGAACGUAUUGUUUUUUAUAUCAGGCUUAGUUAAGGCACUUUUUGACCUUUAAAUCACAAGGGACUGUAUGAUAUGAUUUUAAAACCAUGUCAUAUGAAGUCUUUUGUUUAGCCUCUUCAAGGCCUCCUCAGCUCAGGGUUUGGUAAAAGUUAUCAUUUAUCCAUUAUUAUUUAGAGAUGAAAGAUGAGACUGUUUGAAAAAGGAAUAAAAUAAAAAAAUCUAAAUGUAUAAUGGAAAAUUCCUACAAUGACGAUCAGUUCUACAGCUAAUGUUUUUGGUUUUCUUUGUGUUUAACUUCAACACUUGUGAUUUUACAGCUAUUUGGUUUGGUAGACCAAAGAUUGUCAGGCACUUUAUUCAGCAAUAGAUUCUACUAAUCAGCAAAUGAAAAAGGUGACAUGUAGCUUAACUGUCCCGGAGUGUCUGACACUUAACACAAUCAAAUCUCUACAGGGCUGGUUGUGCUUGAGGCUUAGACAUUCUUCAGUUCCUGAGUCAACAAAACUCUGGAAUUGUCUUCACUAUAAAAUUACAAUAUAUGUAUAAAUGAUAAAUAAGAUUUGAUCUCUUUGUAAGAAGGAUAGAACUGGGGAAAUGAGUGGAUUAGAUAUUGUUUGGGAUUGUCUGCUGCUUUGAUUUUAACACAUCUAAACUAGGUAGAUGUAUGCAGAUACCUCAGAAUUUGAAAAGUAAUACAUUUGAGGAAAGAAAUGAAGCUGUAAUUAAGACAUAUCUAAAAAGGUUUUGUUUUUCCACCCAAAUCAUGUUGUCUGGAAGAUCUUAAAUACAGUGCCUUGUAUUAAAAUUGUGUUUGGCAUCGAUACAAGCUCAGUGCAAAAGAGCCCUGGGCAGGUGGUGUUUAUAGGUUGUGACUGUCUCUGCUCACUUCCUUUAUUUUUAUUUACAAAGGACAUUACAUAAUAUUAAGGACAUUUCUCUAUCAUCAGGCUCAGUGUAAUGUACACUCUGAUCAUGUUAGUUCUAAUAGGUUUAAUUGAUUUAAAUGUAUAAUUCGUGAAUAAAUUGUUACAGCUAACUUUGUUCUUCAGACAUACUUUUGUUGAAGUCUUACAAUCAUUUUUUUUUUUUAAUCUAAUCUCUGUAUGUGCUUGCUGUGUUUUGUCUUUGAUUUUUUGUAUCUAAUGUAAAAAAUACCUAAAAAUGUCUAUUGUAACUGUUUUCUGAGCUGCAUUCAUUCCUCAUAGGUAGACAUGGUUAGACAGUGAGGGAUUAUAACUUAUUGGCAUCGGCUUAGGUCAGUGUAUGUCCAUGCUGGUCUAUUAACGCUCCUAGAUCUUGCAUGCAUCUAGAAGCAUUUUAUCAAUGGUCCAUGAUCUGACAAAAUUUACAGCACCUAUAAUCAAAAGCAUUCCUUGGUUCCAUCUCUGAACCAGUUCAGUUAAAUCAUAACUCUUGCUAAGAGGCGAGUGGGAAAGGAAACCUUUCAGAGAACUGGGAUGUAGCCAGAAGUCAUGUUUGCAUUAUCUAUUUCCUGGUGAGGACAACUCACUUCCUUGCUAUGUCAGCUUGACCUCCAAGCAUGACUUCUUACACGGAAUUUCUAAUUCACAAUGUUUAGUGCUCCCUGCCUCCUAUUUUUGAUAACAUUUUGAUUUUUACACACACACGCACACACUCAAUUACCAUAAAUACCACCAGCUUAAUAUUGUGUAGGUCCCCCUCAUGCCACCAAAACAGCACCAACCCACAUCUCAGAAUAGCAUUCAGAGAUGAUAUUCUUCUCACCACAAUUGUACAGAGUGGUUAUCUGAGUUUCCGUAGACUUUGUGAGUUCAAAACAGUCUGGCCAUUUUCUGUUGACCUCUCUC